GCGGCGGCAAAGCCUCCCCGAGAGAAGGCUGUCGCCGAGGCCGCACCGGGAAAGGCGGCAAAGGUGACGGCGGCGGCGGCGGCGGCGGCACCAGAGGCGGACGAAGCCACCACCGAGACUGCGCCCGGGUGCAAGCUCGCCGACAAGCGGCGGCGCAAGAAGGAGAAUGCGCGCGAGAAGCAGCGGCGCGAGUUGGAGGAGGACGCGCUGCUGCAGGAUCGGAUCCGCGAGGAUGCGUCAAAGGAGAAGGCUCAGCUGGCGGAGGCCAAGGAGGAGGCUCGGCUCGCGGCGGACACGACCAAGCUCACCAAGGUGGCCGCCUCGCCGCCGCGGCCGCCGCCUCCUAGACCGCGGCCGCUCGCCAUGGCGGAGCGUUGCUUCACCCACGCGCCUUCCGGGCUCGUCAAGCAGAUCGAGGUGUUCGAGGAGGUGCUGCGAGAGAUGGUCCGUGAUGGAGACGUCGACGCCGUCGAGGGGAUCCUCGAUGCCGGCCUUGACGUGAGCGCGCCGCAGGAGACGGACGGGCGGACGCUGCUGUUCCACGCGUGCCGCUACAACCAGCCCGCCAUGGCGGAGCUCCUUCUGCAGCGCGGCGCGACCGUCGACGUCGAGGCGCUGAAUGUGGCUGCGAUACUCCGUCGCCCGGCUCUCGUACGCCUGCUUCUGGACCCGAAAUGGGAUGUGGAUUACGAGGUCGUUGACUCGGCCUUAAUCAACGUCGAGCGCAUGACUGACGGCAAGAUCCACGAGGGCCCGAUUUCACCAUCCGAGCCAAAAGUGUCCGAUGUGCUCCUCGCCUUCCGUGAGGCGGGCUUCUGCCGAGAGAAGGGGUUCGUCCUCUACCGCUCUGCUAUGGAGUUCACGCAAGUGGGCGGUCCCCCCACCGUGGUCGAAAUGUACCUCGAUGCCGGCCUGGACGUCAACUUCUCGGUGCCGGUCGCGGAGGACACAAUCACGCUACUGGCGCUCGCGUGCGAGAACGGCAACGCCGAGGUGGCAUCGCUGCUGCUGAGCCGGGGAGCGGUGGAGUCCAGCGCUUUGUGCCGCGCUGUGGUGGGCAGGCACGCGGACGUGGUCCGCGUGCUUCUCGCAGCGGGGCCGAGUCGCAAGUACAUCGACGAGGCGGCGCACCUAGCCGGACACGUGGCGGAGGAGCGUAAGCUCUACCACUGCGAUGUGCUCCAGGCAUUCCUCGAGGCGGGCUACCUCUGCUUCUACUCAGCCAGAGGAGUCACCGACGCCGAAGCCGACCCAGAAGUGGUCGAGGCGUACCUCAACGCCGGCGGCGACGUCAACUACUCGCUUGUGCCCCAGCAGCGCGUCGCGAUCGUGCGCGAGCUCAUCGAGUACGGUGCGGCGAGCGGCGAUGACCUCGGCAGAGUGCUGUUUGAGGCCGAGCAGCGGCGGAAGCGCGCCAAGGUGAAGGCGACGAUGAAGCUGGAGUCCGAGAUCGUCAAGCUCCUCGUCCCGCCAAAGGGGGACAAGAAACCCUCCCUCUUCCCAGGCGGGUGA